UGUUUUGAUGACGAUAACAGUUUUUACAGUUACGUUGCGUCGGCGCGAUCGGUUCGCGUAUAUUGAAGCGCGUUUAAUUCUAGUUAUUAGCAUAUAUAAAUUAGUAUAUAUGAACUUGAUUAAAAGCUUAACGCCAACUGACAAACGUUGCUAGUCGAAGAAUGUUCUGCGUUAUUUAUGUGCCAGCUUAAUGCACUUGCAGUUCCAGGAACACCGCCUGUUGCGCCGCCCGUUGUGUGUUUGUGUUUCUGCGCGUGUGUUACUUUUACGCGCGCAUGUGUGUGUGUGUCUUACAGCUGAGCAUCCGAAUUGUUUAUAAACUUUUUUGUUUUCCGCGGACAGUAUGCAAAUGCUGAACAGGCCGGUCGUGUCGUAGAACGUGCGCGCGUCGCGUAAACGAAAGUGAUUUGUUGUUAUUAUUUGCAUUAGUGUACUCUGCUUGGCAACGCUCAUUGCUUAAAUUGCUCAAUCAACGGCACUUGUGCUUCAUUUUGUUGCCAGCAUGUUGAGCAACAAAAUGCAACGCAGCUCACAUGGCAGCAUCAAAUCCUCGCUCUCAUUACGCUCCAGCAGCAAAUCCCUGCAAGCCAAAAGGGACAAAAUGUCGGAGCAUUUGUAUGAUAUAGUCAAGAGCGGUUCAAUGGUAAAGCGGGCUCAGAAUAAAAAACGCUAUACGCCGGUUAACUAUAAACAUCGUUGGUUUGAGUUAACCAAGCGCACGCUCUGCUACUUUGAUGUGGAAAAUGUGGAGCGCCGACGUGAACGUGGUCGCAUCAAUUUGAAAGACGUGCGACUUGUGGAGGAGGCAACAGUUAACGGCGUGGGCGGCGAUCCCUUUGCGCCGGAUGGUUAUCCAUUUCAAGUUGGCUACUGCGAACAGAAAGAGCAACAGCAACAGCAACCGCAACAGUUGGAGCAGCCGCUUGUUGGCGGCAACAGCGAAGGGCAGCAGGUGGGCAGAGCGGUGCCGCAGUACACGCUUUACGUGAUAGCCACAAGCGAGAAGGAGCGCAGCGAGUGGAUACGGGCCAUACGACAAGUUUGCGAGGACAGCAGCACGCCCAAGUCGUAUCGCUAUCAUCCGGGACUGUGGUCCGGCAAGAAGUGGAGCUGCUGCAAGGGCCAAACACGCAGCACCUUUGGCUGCUGUGCCGCCGCGCACUGGCGUGAGGCCAACAAUAAUCCAAGCAACGGCAGUUCUCCAGCCCAGAAUUCAACGCGCAGCAUCAGUCCAAACAACUCGACAACCAACAGUCAAUUCAGUUUGCAACACAACAGCAGCGGCAGCCUAGGCGGUGCACCAGGCAGCGUCAACGCUGGCGUCGGAGGCGGCGGCAGUUGCACACCCACAUCGCUGCAGCCACAGUCCUCGCUGACAACGUUCAAGCAAUCACCCACUUUACUUAACGGCAACGCUGUGCUAUUGGAUGCCAACAUGCCUGGUGGAAUACCCACGCCCGGCACGCCCAACUCCAAAGCGAAGGACAAUUCGCAUUUUGUUAAGCUGGUCGUUGCUCUAUAUCCAUUCAAGGCCAUUGAAGGCGGCGAUUUGUCGCUGGAAAAAAAUGCCGAAUAUGAAGUAAUUGACGACUCACAGGAGCAUUGGUGGAAAGUUAAGGAUGCAAUUGGCAAUGUGGGCUACAUACCCAGCAAUUAUGUUAAGCCCAAAGCGCUGCUGGGACUCGAGCGUUAUGAAUGGUACGUGGGUGACAUGUCCAGGCAACGUGCCGAGUCGCUGCUCAAGCAGGGCGACAAGGAGGGCUGCUUUGUGGUGCGCAAGUCAUCCACCAAGGGUCUCUAUACGCUAUCGCUGCAUACCAAAGUUCCACAAUCGCAUGUGAAGCAUUAUCAUAUUAAACAGAACGCGCGUGGCGAGUAUUAUCUAAGUGAGAAGCACUGCUGCGAGACUAUACCGGAUCUGAUUAAUUAUCAUCGUCACAACUCUGGUGGAUUGGCCUGCCGCUUGAAGUCAUCGCCUUGCGAUCGUCCAGUGCCGCCUACGGCGGGUUUGUCGCACGACAAGUGGGAAAUACAUCCCAUGGAGCUAAUGCUUAUGGAGGAGCUGGGCUCGGGACAGUUUGGUGUUGUGCGUCGUGGCAAAUGGCGCGGCAGCAUUGAUACCGCAGUCAAAAUGAUGAAAGAGGGCACCAUGUCGGAGGAUGAUUUCAUAGAGGAGGCAAAGGUUAUGACCAAGCUGCAGCAUCCGAAUCUGGUGCAGCUCUAUGGCGUUUGCUCCAAGCAUCGUCCCAUCUAUAUUGUUACCGAAUAUAUGAAGCAUGGCUCGCUGUUGAACUAUUUGCGCCGGCAUGAGAAUACGCUAAUUGGCAACAUGGGUCUGCUGCUGGACAUGUGCAUACAAGUGAGCAAGGGCAUGGCCUAUUUGGAGCGCCACAACUAUAUACAUCGCGAUCUGGCGGCACGCAAUUGUCUCGUAGGCUCUGAAAAUGUUGUUAAGGUGGCCGACUUUGGACUGGCGCGCUAUGUGCUCGAUGAUCAGUAUACUAGCUCCGGCGGCACCAAAUUUCCCAUCAAAUGGGCGCCACCCGAGGUGCUUAACUAUACGCGCUUCAGCUCCAAAAGCGAUGUGUGGGCUUAUGGUGUGCUCAUGUGGGAGAUCUUCACUUGCGGCAAGAUGCCCUAUGGCCGUCUAAAGAACACCGAAGUCGUCGAGCGUGUGCAACGCGGCAUUAUAUUAGAGAAACCAAAGUCGUGUGCCAAGGAAAUUUAUGACGUUAUGAAAAAGUGCUGGUCGCAUGGCCCUGAGGAGCGUCCCUCGUUUCGUGUGCUCAAGGAGCAGCUGGCACUUGUGGCUCAAACGUUAACCGACUAAGCGACUGCAGCAUGCACUGAUUAGCGCACCCAAAACAUAAAAACCUACAUUUAAUUAUUAUUAUUAUUAAAGAUAUACGAGCUAAACUUAAUGAGUUACGAAUGCAUACAAAAUUAAUUGAAUAUAUACGGCCUAGUUAUGUUUGCAGCACACGUACGUACGUAUAGACCUCAGUUAUAUAUGUACAUAUAUCUAAGUAAAGAAGCGCCGCAACUAAAUGUUUAAACAAUAUGGCAUAUAUAUUAUUAUUAUUAUAAAGAGAGAGAGAGAGAGAGUUAAAAGCAG